CUUGGAUACGUGUACACGCACACCACGAACCGAUUAUGGAGAAAGACACGUAAGCCGUACUCAUUCAAUUGUUAUGGCAGUGACCCUAACAGAAACUGGGGCUACAAAUGGAAUAGUGGUGGCACCAGCACUUUCCCAUGCUCUGAAACUUACCACGGAAGUGCGCCGUUCUCCGAGGUUGAGACAAAGAGCAUGUCCGAAUAUAUCGGUACCAUUGCCAACAAAAUCUACGCGUACCUCGCGUUCCACAGCUACUCGCAACUAUUGCUGUUACCGUAUGGUCACACAAAGGAUCACCUUGAUAACUACGAUGAUCUGUAUGAUAUCGGUAUGAAAUCGAUGACAGCUCUUAAAAAGAGAUAUGGAACUCAAUAUAAGGUCGGGAAUAUUGCUGAAGCAAUCU